AUGGGGCGGUCGCAGGUGAAGUAUCGUUCGACACACGGGCGUGGGCGAGGAAGAGGGAGAGGCGAGGUGGUUGGAGGGCGCGACGGGGCGUCCGGAAGAGGUCGAUCUAGUCAUCUGCGGAAUCUGGGCUCCAAUGCCUACCGCUUCGAGGAGCGCGAGGAGCAAGACGACAGUGUUGUGACCACUCAAGAGAAUUAUGAGGGACGUACGCAGUUCUUCGCGUCGGAGCAGAACUACAGGGAUCAUAUGGGGGCGGCGCCAGGUGCACACUUCCAGAGUUGCACGAUGAAGCAGUGGGAGGAGAAGGACGAUGCUGCAGAUGAUCUCGGGGUGUUGGACUUGAACUGGAUUGCGUCGCAGCUGGAACUUGUGUCGCCUGAUCUACGCUACCGGAUGGACCCCAAAUACUGCAUUGACUUGCCGUUCGAGACGCAAAAUAACGAAGAUGCGGAGUCUGAGAAAGAAAUUGCUGAGACGCAGACAAAUGUUGCAGCUACGAUUGCUACGCUUGCACCGAUACAGACUCCAUCGAAACCCACACAAGACGAUGCAGAGCUCGAUUUCUUGCUUAACCUCAGCGCUUCAACUUCUAGUGGAACGAAAUCAACACCUACGCCAUCGAUGCCAGCAGAUCCAGUGCCUCUGUCAACCAGAACUCCAGCUGAGACGGAGCAGUUGGAAGACUGGUUGGACGACGUGCUGGACAUGUAG